CUAACCUUCGCGCACGUAUUUAAUAAUAAAGUUAGAAACAAUGGCGUGAUUUUAUAUGUUAAGAUAAAUUAAAAAUAUAUUUUUAAACAGACUUGUUAUCAGUGGUCAUAAAAUGUGUUUCUCUUUAAAAAGUUAUAUCUCGUGGAAAAAGAAUGCUGAGCCUGAAGGACCGUGGAAAAUGGAAACGCGGGCGGACGAGGACGAGGCUCCGACGGACCCAGCGGCGCGGAAACACACACAUCAUGAUUACACCGAGCAGGACUUUGAAGGUCACCGUGCUCACACCGUGUUCGUGGGCGUCCAUGUUCCAGCUCGGCGACACUCCCACAGGAAGCACAAACACCAUCACCGCAAUGGAGAAAAGGAAGCCGAUAGACCUGUAACGCCACCGGCUCAAAGGGUGCAAUUCAUAUUAGGGGAAGACGUCGAUGAUGCCUCACUGGAGUCACAUCCAUUAUUUUCUGAAAUGGAAGAACUAGUCAGAGAUGGAGAUGAAUUAGAAUGGAAGGAAACAGCACGAUGGAUCAAGUUCGAAGAGGACGUCGAGGAAGGCGGCAACCGAUGGUCAAAGCCACAUGUAGCUACACUUUCACUCCACUCACUUUUCGAACUACGCAGUCUCAUUCUAAAUGGAUCAGUCAUACUCGACAUGGAUGCCAGUUCACUGGAACAGGUCGCUGACGGUGUACUAAAUAAUAUGGUUGCAGAUGGAUCAUUAGGAUAUGAUUCCAGAGAAAAAGUCAAAGAUGCAUUACUUAGGCGGCACAGGCAUCAGCAUGAAAGACGAAAUCAUAACAUGUCAAGACUCCCAUUGAUUAGGUCACUUGCAGACAUUGGAAGGAAUCAUUCUUCAUGCAAAAAUUUUCAGGAGGGUAACUCUCGACGCUCCAGUCCGAGGAGUUGUCGGGGGUCUACCUCAUCUCCCCACACCGCUCUACUUCAAGCAUCUGAUGCGAGAGGUUCAUAUUUAGCCGUGCCAGGUGGUGUCAAUGAUGAUGGUAUGGUAAAGAGUCCAAGCAGCAUAUCCAUGAAUCGCAACCACAGCUCAGGAGACCUUCCUAUGAACGGAGACAUCAACCAUAAAUGCAAUACAAACUUUAUGAGGAAAAUACCUCCGGGUGCAGAAGCUUCUAAUAUUCUAGUUGGUGAAGUAGAUUUUCUAGAGAAGACAUUAUCAGCGUUUGUUAGACUCAAAACAGGAACAAUAAUGGGAGAUUUAACUGAAGUGCCAGUCCCAACAAGAUUUAUGUUCGUGUUACUCGGCCCACCGAACAGUAAUUCCAGUUUCCACGAAAUCGGUCGUGCCAUGGCUACUUUAAUGUCUGAUGAAAUAUUCCAUGAAGUCGCAUAUCGGGCUAAAAAAAGAGAUCACUUAUUAGCUGGUAUAGACGAGUUCCUUGAUGCAGUAACAGUUUUGCCACCAGGUGAGUGGGAUCCAGCUAUUCGUAUAGAACCACCAGCAGCCAUACCAUCACAAGACCCACGAAAACGCCCCAACGAUAACAACCCGAAAGAGGAAUUAGAUGAGGAAGAAGAAGAACAGAGACAAAGGGAAGAAUCAGGGUUAGCGCGAAGUGGAAGGCUUUUUGGUGGCUUAAUUAAUGAUCUAAAACGAAAAAUGCCUUGGUAUUGGUCAGAUUUUAAAGAUGCGUUGGCCCUUCAAUGCAUUGCUUCCUGGAUAUUUUUGUAUUUUGCUUGUCUAUCACCCAUAAUUACAUUUGGGGGAUUGCUUGGUGAAGCAACUGGCAAGAACAUGGCUGCUAUGGAAUCACUAGUAUCAGGAUUUGUAUGUGGGAUGGGAUACGGUUUCUUUUCAGGUCAACCAUUAACAAUUUUGGGGUCAACGGGUCCCGUUUUAGUAUUCGAAACAAUAGUUUUUGAGUUUUGCAGACAAAUUGGAUGGGAUUACAUGUCGUUUAGAUUUUGUAUCGGUACGUGGAUCACAAUAAUUCUGGUCAUUCUGGUGGCUAUCGACGCAAGCGCUUUAGUGUGCUACAUCACAAGGUUCACAGAAGAAAAUUUCGCUACAUUGAUUGCAUUCAUUUUCAUUUACAAGGCAGUGGAAAAUGUUAUUUCCAUCGGUAAAAAAUACCCUCUGAAAACUCGACCUGACGAAGUUCUGAACUAUGAGUGCUACUGUUUGCCAAGCAAUUAUUCUAAAGUGCCGGAGCAGUUUAAUUGGUCCUCUGUUGACAAGGAGUCUUGUCAGUUGUAUAACGGAACAUUAGCUGGUGGAGGAUGCGACACAAAGGUCUACGUACCAGAUGUUUUCCUGAUGUCGAUAAUACUUUUCUUGGGAACUUUCACGAUAUCUAUAAUUUUGAAAGACUUUAAAAAUUCUCUGUUCUUUCCAUCAAAGGUCAGACAAAUCAUAAGCGAUUUUUCGGUAAUCAUUGCUAUACUAUCAAUGUCUUUUCUCGAUUACAAAGUUGGAGUCAAAACCCCCAAACUUGAAGUACCUUCUGAAUUUAAACCGACGCUACCCUCAAGAAAUUGGGUCAUUACUCCAUUCAAUGGCAACCCCUUAUGGUCUGCAUUGGUUGCUCUCUUACCAGCUCUACUCGGCACCAUACUGAUUUUCAUGGAUCAACAAAUUACUGCAGUGAUAGUGAAUCGCAAAGAGAACAAACUGAAGAAGGGAUGUGGGUACCAUCUGGAUUUGUUUGUACUGGCAAUACUUAUACAAAUUUGCUCAGUUAUGGGCUUACCAUGGUUCGUGGCAGCAACUGUUUUGAGCAUUAAUCACGUGAAUUCAUUAAAAGUGGAAUCAGAAUGUGCAGCACCAGGAGAAAAGCCACAAUUUCUGGGAGUCAGGGAACAAAGAGUCACGCAUAUUUUGAUAUUUUUAACCAUCGGAUGUUCCGUGGUACUCACCCCAGUAUUAAGCCAUAUACCAAUGCCCGUGUUGUUUGGAGUAUUUCUUUAUAUGGGAGUGGCAUCGCUGAAGGGCCUUCAAUUCUUUGAUAGAAUUCUUAUUAUGUUCAUGCCCCAAAAGUAUCAACCCGAUCAUAUGUUCUUGAGACAGGUGCCAAUACGUCGUGUACACCUAUUCACUGCAAUCCAACUGACGUGUCUCGUCUGCUUGUGGGUGAUAAAAUCUUUUUCAAUGACUUCCAUACUCUUCCCUUUGAUGUUAGUUGUAAUGAUUGGGAUAAGGAAAGCGUUGGAUUUCUUCUUCACGAGGAGGGAGAUGAAAAUUCUCGAUGACGUCAUGCCGGAGAUGACAAAACGGAACCAAGACGAAUUGCGGGAGCUAGGAGACGCUGAGGAAGCGAACAAGAGCAACCCGCCACAAUACGAAGAGAAUCUACAAAUACCACUCAUCAACGGAAACAUUAUGAACAUACCGCUUGCAUCAAUAAACAUAUCGGAGGAAGUGAACAAAACGGGCAUAUGGAAGCAAGUGAACAACAGCAACAAGAUGAAAAAGAGUGACGGGAAAGACUACAAACCAAAGUCAGGGAAGAAGAAUAUUAAACACAAAAAACUCAUGUCCAAAACCGCACAAUCAGAAAUAGAGAGGAGAUUAUCAACUAUGGACGAGGUCGAAGAAGAUGACCCUUCUGUAAAGAGCGAUGUCGUAAGGCGCAAGGAGUCUUGGAGUGGUGGAAAUAAAAAGAAUGAAUCUAGAAAUAAUAGUUCUGCUGAAACUUCGGUUUAAUGCUUAAAAUUUAUUUUUAUAUCACUUAUGUUCUGUGUUAAAUGGAAUGUACGUUUCAAGAACCGUUAGGUUUAAAUUAGUGUUAACAAUUUGUAUUCCAAAUGUAUCGUUGUUUUAUUUAAUAACAUUUUAUAUAAUACUGAUCAAUUAGCGUGCUUACAUCCAAAUGAGAAAAUGAUGCGUGAUAUUUAAUGUAAUCUGUUAAAUGUAUAAUGAUUAGAUUUUAAUGUAUUUUAUAAAUCUUACAUGUCUUAGUUGAUUAUUCUUAAAUGUUCUUAUAAAGUAAUGAAAAAUGUUAAGUGCACACAGAUAAAUUCGUCACUUGGCGAGAAUAAGUUAUCGAUUCAUAGCA